UCUUCUUUCCACUUGACAGUGGUACACCGCACCCACUGGAAGGAGGCAGUGGCAGCCUCGGAGGAAGCUGGAACGUCCUUAUUUCAUUUUCUCACCAAAAAACAAAAAGAGAGAAAAAGCCGGACACUGGCAAUUCAAGCAAACAUGGCCGCAGUAGUGUGGGGAGGGAGUCUUUCAUCGCUCAGUUAGUUAUUUGGAAGCUUCUCCCCCCCAACACCACCUCCUUCAAUCCAACACCAUGGCUAAGCAGUAUGAUGUCCUCUUCCGACUCCUGCUUCUCGGAGACUCUGGGGUUGGCAAAACAUGUUUGUUGUGCAGAUUCACCGACAACGAGUUCCACCCGUCACACAUUUCAACCAUUGGGAUCGACUUCAAAAUGAAGACGCUGCUGAUAGACGGUAUCAAAGUGCGCAUCCAGAUAUGGGACACUGCAGGCCAGGAACGCUACCAGACCAUCACCAAGCAGUACUACAGGCGAGCACAGGGAAUCUUCCUGGUCUACGACAUCACGAGCGAGCGCUCCUUCCAGCACAUCAUGAAGUGGGCCAGCGACGUGGACGAGUACGCUCCAGACAAGGUCCAGAAGAUCCUGGUGGGAAACAAGUCGGAUGAGGCCGACAAGAGGCAGGUGCCCACAGAGCAAGGAGUCAAGCUGGCCACAGCUUACGGAAUGGACUUCUUCGAGACAAGUGCCUUCACCAGCAGGAACAUAACAGAGGCUUUUACCCGGCUGGCAGAGCAGGUGUUGGCGGCCAACAAGAAGGACCUGGAUCUUCUGCGGACGUCUUUGAGCGACGAGCUCAACUUGACUGCUCUGGAGGAGGAGGAGGGACUGUGCGAGCGCGUGUCCUCCGACCACACUAAAGGCUGCUGGUGUUAAACAGGAGAGGACAAUUCUCUCUUUUUGCAUGAGGACGCAAAGGGCAAAAGGUAGUCUGCCAGGACAGGGACUGAAUGUUUGGUUACGCUUAAUCCCUGCCUUUUAUAUCCUCCACUUCAGAACGCUUUCCUAUUAGUCGCUGGACAGUUGAGGGAGCGUCUACAAAUUUCACCUUUCAUUCCCUCCCCCCUUCAUCAGACAAAAUCAUCAUUAUGCUUAAGGUCCAUCAUCAUUUUUCAGUAAAUACAUGCUUCCUUGGUGUAAUUCCGAAAAAGGACCGCAAGAGGGUGCUAAGUGUCAUUGUGAGAAGAUGUUUCGCAACAUUUUCUUUUGUCCCCCUUACAAUAUACUUAGUUAGCUUAAUUAUGGCAUAACAUUGUAUAUACGUAUAUAUUAGGGGUUUGAAGCUUUGGAUGGUCUGAGUCGUUUCUCGAUUAAAUAUGAUUCUUGAUUCAAACCGAUUCUCGCAUUGUACGAUUUGGUAGGAUAAUCAUAAUGAAAAGUUUUAAAAACAGGUUACAGGUCAGAAAAUCUGAUUUUGGUUGCAUAGAGAUGGCACAAAUGUUUUUAUUUUGUUCUAUUUUUUGUUGUUGUUGUUUUUAAUAACACAAAUUCUUAUCAAAAGAUCGAUUUUUGGGAAAAUUAUCAACGAAAAAAUGUUUUUAAAUCAGUUUUUAAAGGCCUACUGAAAUGAGAUUUUCUUAUUUAAACGGGGAUAGCAGGUCCAUUCUAUGUGUCACACUUGAUCAUUUUGCAAUAUUGCCAUAUUUUUGUUGAAAGGAUUAAGUAGAGAACAUCGACGAUAAAGUUCGCAACUUUUGGUCGCUAAUAAAAAAGCUCUGCCUUUACCGGAAGUAGCAGACGAUGAUGUCACCGGUGUGAGGGCUCCUCACAUUGUUUAUAAUGGGAGCCUCCAGCAGCAAGAGCUAUUCGCACAAUUUCCCCAUUAAUUUGAGCGAGGAUGAAAGAUUUGUGGAUGAGGAUAGUGAAGGACUAGAAAAAAAUAAAUGAAUAAAGUAAAAAAAAAAAAAAAGGCGAUUGCAUUGGGAGCGAUUUCAGAUGUUUUUAGACACAUUUACUCGGAUAAUUCUGGGAAAUCCCUUAUCUUUCUAUUGUGUUGCUAGUGUUUUAGUGAGUUAAAUAGUACCUGAUAAUCGGAGGGGUGUGUCCACGGGUGUGUUGACACCAGUCUCUGAGGGAAGUCACGGCAGCUCCGCUGAUCUCCGGUAAGAGGCGACUUUUUACCACAAUUUUCUCACCGAAACCUGCUGGUUGACAUGUUGUCAGGAUCCAUGUUCGCUUGACCGCUCUGAUCCAUAGUAAAGCUUCACCUCCAGGAAUUUUAAACAAGGAAACACCAUGUGUUUGUGUGGCUAAAGCUUCCCAACUCCAUCUUUAUACUUUGACUUCUCCAUUAUUAAUUGAACAAAUUGUAAAAUAUUCAGCAACACAAAUGUCCAAAAUACUGUGUAAUUAUGCGAUGAAAAGAGACGACUUUUAGCCGCAAGUGGUGCUGCGUUAAUAUGUCCCCUCAAACUAAUAACGUCACAAACACGCGUCAUCAUUCCGCGACGUUUUCAACAGGAAACUCCGCGGGAAAUUUAAAAUUGUAAUUUAGUAAACUAAAAAGGCCGUAUUGGCAUGUGUUGCAAUGUUAAUAUUUCAUCAUUGAUAUAUAAACUAUCAGAUUGCGUGGUCGGUAGUAGUGGGUUUCAGUAGGCCUUUAAGAACAUUUAAAAAAAAAAUUUAAAUCGAUUUUUGAAUCUUAUGAAUCGACAUAGAAUCGGAAUGAAUAAGUCAAUUUUUUUGUGCACCCCUAAUGUAUAUAUUUAGUUUAAUAGUACAAAAUAAAAAUAAAGCCUAUUUUUAUCACAGACUUAAUUUAAUGUAAUGACGACAACACCUGGAGGCAAGUGAGCAUUUUUCACCGGAUACUUUUUAAUUUUUUUAUUGCAACUUCAGUGAAGUUAAAAAUCAUUUGGCUGUAAUUUCAAUUAUUCAACCAGAGAUGCCUCUUGGAGACAGAACGACAUCAACUAUGUCUGCAUCCUUUUCUUAUUCUUUGAAAGCUAACCUGUGUGUGUGUGUGUGUGUGUGUGUGUGUGUGUGUGUGUGUGUGUGUGUGUGUGUGCGUGUGUGUGUGUGUGUGUGUGUGUGUGUCCGAGUCAUACUCUAUAAUGUUGUUUACCAAGAACAAAAAAAAAAUAUUCCUCCUUUACUGGUAUUUGUGUAAAUAUGACAUUCAACAAGCAGAAUGCAGCAUAUUAUUCUUGUCACAUGUUUUGGAGUAAAUACUUGCAUAUUUAAAA